AUGUCACAAUAUGAUCAGCUAAUUACAAGCUCAGAUCCAAGUCAUCCUGCCAAUUUGAUCUGUGAGCUUUGUAAACUUUUUUACAAUAAUGGCUGGGUUACUGGUACUGGGGGUGGUAUUAGUAUAAGAGAUGGUGAUAAGAUCUAUAUUGCACCUUCAGGUGUUCAAAAAGAGAGAAUGGUACCGGAAAACAUGUUUGUUAUGGAUUUCACUACAACCAAAUAUUUAAGAACUCCGAAAGUUUUCAAACCAUCUGCUUGUACACCAUUAUUCAUGUCUGCUUACACAAUGAGAGAUGCUGGUGCUUGUAUACAUACUCAUUCUCAAGCUGCUGUUUUGGUUUCCUUAUUGUAUGAAAAAGAAUUCAAGAUUGCAAACAUUGAGCAAAUCAAAGCUAUUCCAAAAGUAACAGAGCCUGGAUAUUUGAGUUUCUUUGAUACUCUAACGAUUCCAAUUAUUGAAAAUACAGCCCAUGAAGAAGAUCUAACAGAGACCUUACAACAAGCUAUCAAAAAUUAUCCGGGUACUACUGCUGUUAUUGUUAGAAGACAUGGUAUUUAUGUCUGGGGUGAAACUGUUUGGAAAGCAAAAGUCUACAAUGAAGCAAUUGAUUACCUUCUAGAAUUGGCUGUCAAAUUGAAAGGUUUUGGGAUUCCUCCUCAUAUUGGUGUUGGUGAAGAGAAAAACUAUGUGGAUCCAAAAAUAUACAAUUAG